AUGUAUGUGUGUGUGUGUGUAGAUACGUGAAUGUGAAUGUGUAUGAGUGUGUUGUAUGUGUGUGUGUGUGUGUGUGUUUACACUUGGCCACUUUCUCAACUAUGGUCAGAAAUGAUGAUCACAUGCACUGAUACAGAAUUAACUAUGAAGAGGGAAAUACUGUGACAAAAGCUGUGUGGAUGGAGUCUUCGCGGGGGGUCGGCGGUCUUUCCCGCGAGUAUAAACUGGUAAUGCUGGGCGAAGGAGGAGUGGGUAAAAGCGCCAUCAUCAUGCAGUUUAUCAGUCACCGGUUCCCUGAGGAUCACGACCCUACUAUAGAGGACGCCUAUAAGACGCAGAUCCGCAUCGACGACGAGCCGGCGAACCUGGACAUCUUGGACACAGCAGGACAGGCUGAAUUCACAGCCAUGCGUGAUCAGUACAUGCGUGCCGGCGAAGGCUUCAUCAUUUCGUACUCCAUAACGGACCGGCGCAGCUUCCAGGAGGCUCGUCACUUCAAGCAGCUGAUCUGCCGUGUGCGGCGCACUGUGGACACGCCGGUGGUGCUUGUGGGAAACAAAUCUGACCUUGCACACAUGAGACAGGUGUCAGUAGAGGAGGGAAACGAGCUGGCGAGGGAGUUCCAGUGUCCGUUUUUCGAGACCUCAGCAGCCUUCCGUUACUACAUUGAUGAAGUUUUCGUCGCUCUGGUGCGUCAGAUCCGUCAGCGCGAGGCAGAGGCGGUGCGCAGUGGCGAGAGAAAGACGCGACGCAGCCGAUCGCUCUGGAGCCGCUUUAAAGCGCCCUUUCGCAAGAAACAGCACUCCGAGAACUGAAGCGGCUGAGGGGCGAAAAAGAUGAAGUUACUGCUCCAGUGUUCUCGUCCGUAACCCUGUUACCUCCACCCUCGAGAGGUGGUGCGUGAACUGUUAACCUGCUAGUUUAUAAUCUGAUUUAUUUUUUGAUUAAGCACUCUGAAUCGUGUACCGGUUUUGUUGGAUCAGACACCAGCAUUCGACGUGCAGGACACACUCACAGCCACGCUAUACCGGCUACUCACUGUUAUCUUUACCUGAGAAGGAAUUCUUCAUAAUACUGUAUCUAGUGAAACGUAUUAAACUUGACUUUAGUUACAGGGAGCAUAGCUUUUGAUGCUGACUUUCAGGAGAACUCUAGUACCUCCAAUUCUUAACCAAUAGGAUGAAAUCAGAAGGUAGUGGAGAUGCUAAGGAACUGAUAAAGAGUGAGGGAGUUUAUCACAGGGUCUGAAAUGACAGCAUUUUUCUCCACUGUGGCAGUAAACCACAACAUAUUGAACCCUGAUAAAACACAUUCCAGUCAUCACAAAGUUAUAAAGGCUAAAUACAAAAUGGUGGAUGAAAAGAAACAGAUCAGCCACAUAGACCAUUUCCUGAAAUCUUCUUAAAUCAUUUUAGUGAUUCACUGUAACAUAUGAUCCUGUGAUUCAACAUAUAAUUUAACGAUUCACUGUAACAUAUGAUUCAGUGAUUCAACAUAUGAUUCAGCGAUUCACUGUAACAUAUGAUUUAGUGAUUCAACAUAUGAUUCAGUGAUUCAACAUAUGAUUCAACAUAUGAUUCACUGUAAGAUAUGAUUUAGUGAUUCAACAUAUAAUUCAGUGAUUCACUGUAACCUAUGAUCCAGUGAUUGAACAUAAAAUUCAGUGAUUCACUGUAACAUAUGAUUCAGUGAUUCAACAUAUGAUUCAGUGAUUCACUGUAACAUAUGAAUCAGUGAUUCAACAUAUGAUCCAGUGAUUCACUGUAACAUAUGAUUCAGUGAUUCAACAUAUGAUUCAGUGAUUCAACAUAUAAUUCAGUGAUUCACUGUGAUAUGAUUCAGUGAUUCAACAUAUGAUUCAGUGAUUCACUGUAACAUAUGAUUCAGUGAUUCAACAUAUGAUUCAGUCAUUCACUGUAACAUAUGAUUCAGUUAUUCAACAUAUGUUUCAGUUUAUCCUGUCAUUUACAGCCUCUUAUCACAUGUACUGAGGGUGUUAAGCUGUGUGCAGUUAGCUUGCUCUGCUAAUCAUCCAACAAUGCUUGCUUAUAGUUUUUAUUAUGAGAGCUUAAAAAAAACCCAACACAUCCAAACGUAACAGCAGUAUCAAUCCACACACACACACACACACACACACACACUAGAGACAAACUACACUUGUUAGUAUGAACUUCUGGUGCAGAAUUGACCAUGGAUCGAGGCAGCAGAGAAAGUUCUCAGCGCUGAGUUUUUGUUGCACUUCCUCAUUUCCAGGAAAAUCAAAACUGAAAACCUCAGAAAAACCCGGAAAAAAACCCCCCAACUGCCAUGGUGGAGAACCAAGACGGAGAACCAUUUCAGACCCUGACCGUGUGUAGUUCAGAGCAGGCUUCAGAUUAGCCUUAGAGAGUUUAGAGCAUGUGAGGAAAAGAGAGAGAGAGAGAGAGAGAGAGAGAGAGAUUAAAUAAUGAAGUAAUACACAGGAUGUGUUCAAUAGCUGGAAGGUGGGUAUGUAGAAGAAUAUCAAGAAGGAUUACGUAACGUUUUCUUGCGUGCUGGUUCUAGUUUUUGUUGUGCAGAUGCAGGUCAGAGGUUUGCCGCUCGGAUGCUGUCGAUCUUUUUUUAUGUCCUAAACGGCUCCCUACAGAGCGCUGGAGUACGGCGUCGAAGCCACCAUAUCAAACCCUGUGCACUUAAAUAGGAAGUAGAGAGUCAUUUGGCCUGAGGCUCAUUUGCAAAGUAGUGUUAUUUUUGGAUACACACACACACACACACACUGGGAAAGUCACAGCACACAGCUUGUGGUAUGUUAUGUUGUAAACUCUAAAGAUUAGGAUUCUGGUAUAAUGGUAGCUUCUUGGCGUUCGCUUUUAUUUGUUUUAAUAACAAACAGCAUUUGUUUAAAAGGCGUGAUUCAUCCAAACACACUGGAACUCAUCUGACACGUCUGGGGGAUUAGUCACGGCGAGAGUCGUCACACCGCACGACAGCAAGGUUUCUAGGGAUUAGUACCAGCUCCUUGCGCAGCCUGUCGGCUAUUCGGUGUGUGUGUUAGAUGGCGUACAAAGGUGUCCCCCCCCCCUUUUCGUCCAUGUUGUGCAAUUACAAAUCGAAAGGUCUGAUUAUUAUUAUUAUUUUUUUGUUUCAUUGUGAGAAUGGUUUAAUUUGUUUUUCUUUCUCUGAAUUGUGUGAUCAUGAAUACUAUCAUAUAUUUUCCUUAAUUUAUUUUCAUCAGAGAUUCUUGAAUAAAAUGGGCGUAGCUAAGUUUA